UCACACUAUCAUCUCCACUAUUCUAUUCCAUGGCAAGAUUGACAGGUAAAGUUGCACUGAUAACAGGCGGAGCUCGAGGGAUUGGUGAAUCCAUUGCAAGAUUGUUCACUAAACAUGGAGCCAAAGUCAUAAUCGCGGACGUCCUCGAUGAUUUGGGUCAAAGCGUUUGUGAAAGUAUAGGUCUCGAAAUGGCAUCGUUCAUUCAUUGUGAUGUGUGCAAUGAGUUAGAGGUCGAAAAAGUCAUCAACUUCACCAUCGAUAAACAUGGUAAGUUAGACAUUAUGAUCAAUAACGCUGCGAUUGCAGGUGAAUUGAAGUUAAGUAUUCUCGAAAACGACGUGAGUGAUUUCGAACGAGUCUUGGACAUCAACGUGAAAGGUGUUUUCUUGGGAACCAAACAUGCUGCCCGUGCCAUGAUCCCGGCUCGUGGAGGUAGUAUUAUCACAAUUGGAAGUAUUUGUUCGGCUGUAGGUGGUGUCGGUUCUCAUGCAUAUACGAGUUCUAAACAUGCCGUUGUGGGACUCACCAGGAACGUCGCUGCUGAGCUUGGAGAGUUUGGAAUUCGUGUCAAUUGUAUAUCGCCCCAUUUCAUCCUAACGGAGGCAACAAAACCGAUUCUUGAGAAACACCCAGACUUGUAUUCUAGCAUUCACUUCGACCUCAAAGGCGUCGUUCUUCUUGAACAAGAUGUGGCCGAGGCGUCCCUGUUUCUUGCUAGUGAUGAGGCCAAGUAUAUAAACGGACAUAAUUUAGCGUUGGAUGGAGGCUUUACUGCGAUCAAUUCAUCGUUUGGCCUUUUCUCACGAGGUAGGGCAGCUCGUACGACGACAUCGGAACCAUGAUUGUUCGAGUUCGAGAAUAAUAAACUAGAAAACCACAUAUGGACUAUCAAAUAAUAUGACUUCUGUAUCCGAAAAAUUAUGUUGUAUGUCAUUUGCUAUUGAAUUCUAUGAUAUAAGUGGUUAAAAAUUUGCAUUUUACAGAUCAAUAAUCAACAGAAGAUCUGUUUUU